ACUCAUCCACGCUGGGAUCAUCUUCCCUUCGCAAUCAUGGAAGCUCAUCUCCAGUCACUCAAGGUCCCCGAGCUUAAGCAGCUCCUCCAAGCACACAACUUGGCCACAACGGGAGUCAAAUCCAACCUCAUCGAGCGUCUCCUCGAGAAUCCACAGGCCCUUCCGAAGGACAUUGAUGGAGCAGCGCCAGCAGAGGCAGGUAAAGCAGCUCCCUCGGCAGCUGGAAAGGCAGCGUCCCCUCCCAAGACUAGCGCUGGAAGCCCCAAGGCCGCGGCCGCUCCCGCAGCUCCUGCUUCUGCUCCUUCAGCCGCCUCCCCUUCUGCUGGUAAAGCGUCAUCCCCACCUGCAGCAGCAGCAGCGCCAGCUCCAAGCGCCGCAGACCGUCAAGCAGCUUUGAUUGCCGAGCUCGAGAAGCGCAAAGCUCGCGCUGCCCGCUUCGGACAGACAGAGCUAGCGGAGGAGGCCGAGCGCAACUUGGAGCGAGCGAGGAAGUUUGGCAUGGGUGAGGGGGACGGCGGUGGGGUUGAGGGAUUGGAGAAGUUGGAGAAGGAGUUGGGCGUUGCGGGAAAGAAGAGAGGAGGGGACGCAGCUAAGUCUACUGCUGCGAAAGCGGAUGGCAAGGCCAAGGAUGGAGCGAAGGAAGCGCCCAAGAAGGAAGAGCCGAUGAGCGAGGAGGCCAAGGCUGAGCUUGCUGCCAGGAAGGCCAAGGAGGAGGAGGCAAAGAGGAAGAGAGCAGAGCGAUUCGGUCUUGUAGAUAAAGAAGACGAGGAGAGGAAGCGCAAGCGCGAAGAGCGAUUCGCUGGCGGUGCCGCAGCGGCGGAGACGGCUGCGGGCAAGGCAGGUUCACCGCCGGCAGAGAAGAAAGUCAAGGCGUAACGGGCUGUGCGGCCGAUGGAGCUGUAUACGACAUUGUACAGAAGGACUAGCAAGCUCCUCCAAAAUCACCAUCUACUUAUGCACCCCGCUCGAGGUAUGCGCCCCAGUACUCAUCUCCUUCCCCUCUGCUCCAAGGCCGUCUUGAGCCUUGCUAGCGUGAUCACCAAAGCCUCCUCGGUCCUCACCGUCCUGCUCCCCUGACCCUCGCAUGAGUCUACCCAAACAUCAAAGAGCUCCCUCGCGUCCUCCAUACCCAACGGGAUGCCCUCAUCUGCCUCAAUGGCAACUUCGAGACCUGAAAGACCGCCAAAGAGGACGAGGGCGUGUUCGAAAGAUUCCGGAAGGGGUUGAAUGGUGGAGGAGCCGUCCUUGGAUGAGGGAACGGCGGAACCAAGGUUGGUCGCAUAGAGAACGUCGGUGAGCGCAUCGCCUCGUUCCGCUGUGCCGAUUACCAGAUCGUACUCUGCUGG